GUGGAGAUCCAGUUGGAGGAGAUUCAGAACGAGGGUCUCCUGGUGUCAUGGAUGUUCAAGGACAGACCAGACUUGAACCUUUUGGUUCUUCCAAGACUUCAGCUUCGUGAGAAGGAUGAAGGGAGAGCGGAUCUGUCCACUAUAGAGGAUCUGAUUGAGGAUACCAUUGUCAGCACGCAGCCAGCCAUGACAGUGAAUCUGAAGGCCUGCACUGCUGGAGCCAGUGCGGUACCCAGCAAGAAGUUGACUCGAGAGUCCCCGUCUGGAGCAGCAGCAGCAGCCCCUCUGGGUUCUAAGCUGUUGCUCCGGAAUCUUCGAGUGCAGAACUUGGGCUGCCAGGGGAAGGGAGGAGUUGGGGAGAUACGCUGUGUGGCAGAGCUAGACAGCCCCCCGCAGCAGAAGUGGACGAGGCCGUUGACAGCUGGCAGCGCCAGUGCUGUGGCAGAGAUGGAAUGGAAUGAGGAGCUCUUUCUGGAACUGGGACCUAGAAGCAAAGAGCUGAAGCUACAGAUGCUGGGGAACAGUGACGGAGGGGGAAAUGUGCUGCUGGCAUAUGCCACACUUCUGAUUGAUUCUUUGGGCAAACGACCAUCUGGGAAACAGGUCUGCUCACUGGCCCCGGGACCUGGGCAGUCACUAACAGCUGAAGCUACCAUUACAUUGGAGCUGCUAUUCCAGGAGUCUCCUGCAUCUCUGAACCCUCAGAACACCACAUCUCUGCGAACCAGCAUCACCCCCACUAAGAAGGUUGAGAUGGACCGGACCAUCAUGCCUGAUGGCACCAUCGUGACUACUGUCACCACGAUUCAGUCCAGGCCCAAGGCAGACUGCAAACUGGAUUCACCAUCAAGGUCUCCUUCCAAGGUGGAGGUGACUGAAAAGAAGACAACAGUGCUUUUGGAGACCAGCAGCCCUCACGGCCCCUUGCCCAGUGGUAGCCGGGAUAGCCAUAUGCCCAAUGGCUUGGAUCCAGUGGCUGAGACAGCGAUCAGACAGCUAAUUGAGAUGAAUAACAAGCCCGCCAAGAAGACACCAACAAAACGUAGCACACUGAUCAUCUCGGGAGUUUCCAAGGUACCUAUUACUCAAGAUGAAAUGGCACUUUCUCUGGGUUAUGCUGCUUCCUUGGAGGCCACAGCGUACGGGGACUCCGCGGCAGAGGGCACAGCUGACCAGAUGCAUGAUUCUACCGAAUCGUCACUGCUGCUGGAAGCGUUGCCGUUGGGACAAAGAGCCAGUCAGGAGCUGGAUGAGACAACUCAAUCGGACAUCUCUGAGAGACCAUCGGUGGAAGAUGUUGAGUCUGAAACUGGCUCCACAGGAGCCCUUGAGACCAGGAGCUUGAAAGAUCACAAAGUUAGCUUUCUUCGGAGUGGUACCAAGCUCAUCUUCCGGAGAAGGAGCAAGCAGAAGGAUGCAGGCCUGAGCCAGUCACACGAUGACUUGUCCAAUGUCACUGCCAACUCUGCCGCCAGGAAGAAAGCUGGCAGCUUCUCUCACCGUCUCAUCAAGCGCUUCUCCUUCAAGUCUAAAUCCAAACUCAAAGGUAGUGACAGCAUAUCAGCAGGUGAGAACUGA